UGGCUGCCCCCGACUGGGGCUCCAGAGGGCGAUGGGGCCCGCCGUCGCGUGACCAGCCGUAGUCACGCUCAGCUUAAUCACUACUAGCUCGUGCUCCCGCCGGCGGCGCUCACCCUGGCCGCUCACCCUGGCCGAGCAGCACGACCCAGAGGGUUUCUCUUAAGGUGGCUCGUUCUGAAAUGCCAAAGGCACCUGACUAUUCAGAACUGAGUGACUCUUGCACGUUUGCUGGGGGAACAGGAAGAUUUUCCGGACCACUGCACAGAGCAUGGAGAAUGAUGAACUUCCGUCAGCGGAUGGGAUGGAUUGGAGUGGGAUUGUACUUGCUGGCAAGUGCAGCAGCAUUCUACUAUGUUUUUGAAAUCAAUGAGACUUACAACAGGCUGGCUUUGGAACACAUUCAGCAGCAUCCUGAGGAGCCUCGGGAAGGAACCACAUGGACGCACUCCUUGAAAGCUCGGUUACUUUCCCUGCCCUUUUGGUUGUGGACAGUUAUUUUUCUGAUACCAUACUUACAGAUGUUUUUGUUCCUUUAUUCUUGUACAAGAGCUGAUCCCAAAACAGUGGGCUACUGUAUUAUCCCCAUAUGCUUGGCGGUUCUCUGCAAUCGUCACCAGGCAUUUGUCAAGGCUUCCAAUCAGAUCAGCAGACUACAACUGAUUGACACAUAAAGCCAGUCACCGUUUUUUUUUUUUUUUUUUUUUUUUUUUUUUUUUUUUCGUAUGAUUACAAGACUGCCAGUACCAUAUGGAGGUCGAUCACAAGACUGCAGUUUCUUCAUAAAUCUCAGGAAGUUGUGGUGGUACAGAGACUUAAAAAAAUGUGACAAGAGGAGUACUUUAUCUGAAUAAUAAUGACUUUUUAGGUAAAGCCUGAGAAACAUUACCACAGAAUCAUGUUAAUGACUUCAGAUUUUGGAAGUAAAACAAUGGGUUAUUUGCAAUCUUUAGAAACUUGAAAAAGUACCCUGAUUUUUAUUUCUAGUCUAUGUGCAACAUAGUAUGAUUCAGAAAUUUUUCCAUUGGGGAAAACAAUGAAUAUUUCCAUUGUGUUAAGUGUUAAAAAGGUCUGGCCAUGAUCAUAAAAUUUAAAUUUUAUACAAUUA